UCCACCACUCGUUCUUCGCUUCCUCUCUCCCCAGACUCUCCACGACCUUCUCCCAUUCUUCCCCCCCCUUUCCCGAGGCCGCCGCGGUUUCUUUCUCUUCGGAUCUUCCCCCCACAGUCACCAUGUCCGACUCGCGUCAGUCGGCCUUCCGGAACAACGCCCUCGACAAUGACGAGCUGCGCAAGCGCCGCGACUUCCACGCGCUGGAGAUCCGUCGCUUUAACCGCACGUCGAUGAUGAUGCAGAAGCGCCAGGUGACUCCGGUGGUCGACCGCCCGGUUGAUGCCUCGUCCGACCCGCACAGCCUGAUUGAGCUGACCAACCGGCUGCGCUCCAACGAUCCGGUUGUUCAGCAGGAGACUAUCUCCACCUUCCGGCGCCUGCUUUCUGCGCAGGUCGACCCUCCCAUUCAGGGCGUCAUCGACGCCGGGGCUGUCGAUCUGUUCGUGCAUUUCCUCCGGAGUGACAACCCGAACCUCCAGUUCGAGGCUGCCUGGGCGUUGACCAACAUUGCGUCCGGCAGCUCCGAGCAGACUGCCGUUGUCAUCAGUGCCGGGGCGGUUGCCAUUUUCGUGGAUCUGCUGCGUUCGCCCAGCGAGGACGUCCGGGAGCAGGCCGUCUGGGCCCUCGGCAACAUUGCCGGCGACUCCUCCGCCUGCCGUGACUUCGUCAUCAGCAGCGGUGCCCUGAAGCCCCUGCUGGAGCUCCUGGACAUGGACCCCCCCUCGUCAGAGUCUCUCAUGCGCAACGCCACCUGGACCCUGUCGAACUUCUGCCGCGGUCGCAACCCCUCGCCCCACUGGGACUCCAUCAGCCAGUGCCUGCCGGUCCUGGCCAAGAUCAUUUACAAGGAGGACAGCGACAUCCUGACCGACGCCUGCUGGGCUCUGUCGUACCUGUCGGACGGUGACAACACUCGGAUCCAGGCCCUGCUGGAUGCCAACAUCUGCCGGCGCAUUGUCCAGCUCCUGAUGUACCCCUCGGAUCUGGUCCGGACCCCGGCCCUGCGGACCAUCGGCAACAUCGUCACCGGCACCAAUGUCCAGACGCAGAUGGUCAUCAAUGCCGCGGUGCUGCCGGCCCUGUCGGCCUUCCUCAACAUGGACUCCAUGGCCAACCUGCGCAAGGAGGCCUGCUGGACCAUUUCCAACAUCACGGCCGGCAACUCCGAGCAGAUCCAGGCCGUGCUGGACGCCAACAUCUUCAUCCAGCUGCUGGCCAUCAUUCACAAUGACGACCUGCGGGUGCAGAAGGAGGCCGCCUGGGCCAUUUCCAACGCCAUCACCGGUGGCACGCCGGCCCAAAUCAACUAUCUCAUCGAGAAUGGCGUCAUUCAUCCCCUGUGCCAGCUGCUGGAUGUCAACGACACCAAGAUGAUCAAGGUCAUCCUCACGGCCCUGGAGCACAUCCUGGCCGCCGGCAAUGACCCGAACCUCGGCGAGAACAAGCAUGCCGUGGCCAUCGAGCUGGCCGGCGGCAUGGACAAGAUCGAGGAUCUGCAGCAGCACGAUGAUGACGAGAUCUACCUGCUCACUUACAACCUCAUCCGGAUGUACUUCUCCGAUGAGGAUGCCCUGAGCAUGGAUGCCGAUCACAGUGAUGUCUCGCAGUUCGACUCGAGCUCCAUUCAGUUCGGCCAUGGCGAGGGGGCCUCGGCUGGCGGCGGCUACGCUGGUGGCUACACCGGCGGCUAUGCUGGUGGUGCUCCGGGCGCCGGUGGCCAGCACAUGCCGCCCAACGGCGGUGCCAUGCCCCCUCAGGGCGGUGCCCCGGGCGCUGGCGGUCAGCAUAUGUUCAACUUCUAAGGCAUAUGAGGACACCCUCCCUCCCUCUCCCCCUUCCUCUCCCCCUCCCUCCCCCCUCUCCUUCCCCCCUCCUCUUCAGACUCUCUUCAUACUCCGCCCCCAUCUCUUCCCCUUCGCCCCUCCUCUUGCUUCACCUUUAUCUCUCUCCCCCCCCUCUCUCUCUCCAUCUCCUCCGCUCCACAUUUACCUCCUCCGCUGCGCGAUGUGCGCCCCCUUUCAAACGUGGCGCCGACUUGGAGGCCGAAAGGAGAGAGUGCCCUGCCGGUGUGGCCCCCCCCCCCCC